UCAAAUAAAAAGUAAAAGAAGAGAUAGAAAGCAAUCGAAGAAGAACAGGCUGCCCGGCGUUAGUGCACAAAAGAAGAGCCGCGUGGUAAGAUGAGCAAAUAAAAACGCAGCGCUGACAGCAUGUGGUGUCGCCAUAAUAACCGUAAAGCAGAGAACAUUAACUAACAAACACGCGUAGCAACAACACGAAAGGAAGUGAAAUAAAAAACACUAACAACUCAAACUGUUGGCAUUUGGCGGUACCAGUAAAGGGCGGUUCAAGCGGAAACGGAAACGAAUCGGAAGCAAAAACAUAAUUAAAUUUCUUUCCACAUUCUUUCUGUCUCUCUCCCCGGCAUAAUGUAUGUAAUAAUACAGGAAGUUUUGAAAAAGUGUUAGAAAUAAAAAUCAAGAAAGCUUACAGCAAGCAGCGGAAGAAGUGCAUAAAAUCCAUUAAAGCCGCUAUUGAUGCCUGCUAACGGUGUUACAUAAAUUAAAGCUGAAUAAUUAUCAGUGAUUGCGAGUAAUGUAAUGUGUUUAAUAAAGAAUAAAAAAGUGCUAACGGUGUCAACACUUGCAAGUGCUUAAAAUUUACUUUCUUUUCUUAAUCUACCGCAGACUGUCUUCAUCAAUUCGCACUUCAAAUGAUUUGCUGGUGAUUUAACGGUAAUCUCAGCCGCUUGACUCGCUCGCUGAUUGAAGACUUUUGCAAGCGAAAUUAAAUAAAGAGUAAUCAAAAGCAAUCUACAGUCAGGCAGUGCACAUAGCAGUACAGUUAAGUGAACGGUUUAUAAAAACGUCAAACACACACAAGCUCAUAAAAUUCUUGAGUUUAGCGCCCGCUAGGGGAAAAAGUUUCACUUAUUCAUUGUGCAUAAUAAUCGAGAAACAACAACAACUGGCAAGUGUCUGUCGCCGCAACAACUGUCAGAGCGUUGUUUGUAUUUUAGUUGUUGUUUUGUUGUAAGCCACAAAAUUACACGGAACAAUGGCUGACUUGGAACGUAUACGACUCGUCAUCCUGGGUGGCGCAGGUGUCGGCAAAAGUUCCAUCAUCAAACGUUUCCUCUUCAAGACAUAUACGGACAAAUAUCGCGCCACUGUCGAAGAUCUCUUUAAUAGGGAAUACGAUUUGGGCGGCGUUACGCUGAAGGUUGACAUUUUGGACACAUCUGGCGAUAUGCAAUUUCCCGCUAUGCGACGUCUGUCUAUUGCCACUGCACACGCUUUCAUGUUGGUCUAUGCGUCAACGUCAGCGUCAAGUUUUCAAUGCGUCAAACAGUGUUUUGAAGAGAUUCGUGAACAGCGCGCAGAUUAUCAGGAUAUACCAAUUGUAAUUGCCGGCAAUAAAUCUGAUUUGGCCAAUACACACAGAGAGGUCAGGCUGGACGAAGUCACGGAUUGGGUCUACUGCGAAUUGCCACGAUUAAGGGCGAAAGUGCUCGAGUGCUCGGCCAAGGAGGAUCAAAACGUGACUGACCUCUUCAAAACGUUGCUGUCACUUUCGCGAUUUCUGCCUGUCGGGAGCAAUAAUGAUGGCACAAGUGGACUAAAGCGACGCUCUUCGGCAUAUGUUAGCGCAUCGUCAAGUAGAAAUAAGAAUCGCAAUGCCAGUCCAUCCGUCUCCGGUGAUAAGAAGUCCAGUUUGGUUGAUGCUGUCGAUCCGGCCACAAGCAGCGGCGAUGCCAAAUUAAAGCCCAGAUCUAGGUCACUCAUACGCCGUGCAUCACGCAAAACCAAACAGCAAAUCAACAACGCGUCCGACGACUGUAAUUUGCAAUAAGGUGAAGAAAUCAAAAGAAGAUAGAAAGAAGGAGGAGUUGCGAAGAAUCGAAAAAAACAGAAAUUACAAACACCAGCAGCAGCACAAAUGUAGGCAUGGAAAUGAGCGAAAGAAGGCUCGAAGGAAAACUGAAGCACAAAAAGUCAAAAUUACAAUUAACUGCGUAUAUACGUAUACGUGAAUAUAUACGUAUGUAUGUGCAUAGAGUUUGGAAAAGUAAAAAUGUAUAGACGUAAGCAUGCGCGUAUGUAUGUAUGUACAUUUGAUUUCGCAAAUUUAAUUAGCCAUCAAGCAGUCAGUGCUACGCAAGCAAGUGAAAUUGAAAUAGAAAAACAAAAAAAAAAAACAGAAAAAAAAC